CCAAUACUCUUUUCUAAACCAGCUGAAAGAACCUCCCUUUUAAUCUUCUUUCUCAUAUAUACCUAAAGAUAUUAUAUUCUUCUCUACAUUGUGAUAAAAAGCAAACACCGAGAAUAGCACAACAUUUCAUUCACAACAGCGUUAUCUUACCUUCAGUCCACAGAGUUUUCUUCCUUCUUUCAGAACAAAUGACCAGACCCACUGCUACUGAGAAGCUGGUGGCAAUCUCCCUCGUACUUCUUGCAAUGAUCUCACCAUUAUAUAUUGGCAAGGAAGCGGCGGAGGAAGAAGAAGAUGAGGAGAACAGAAAGUUGCGCAUAUGGUUGCCGUUUGUUCUCAUUCUGCUAAUCUUUUGUAUCAGUCUCAGUACAUGCUUUAUGGAUCAAAGAUUCAUGAGGUUUGAUCCGUACUGGAUUCACAGGGUAGGGGGUUCAUCAUGCGGGAUCUUCACCUUUCUUCUGGUUCUAGGGUUUGUGCUGAAGUGUAAGGCCUGUCUUGGUACUUGAAUGUUAG